ACGGCGGGACUAAUGACCGAUGGACAGAAACACUGGUCCUGUGCGUGUGAAACUGUUGUUCUUUGCCAAGUCGCGCGAGCUAGUCGGUAGGUCCAGAGAGGACGACUUCCUUGUGCCACGGGCCGAAAUUAGGUGCUCCGAUCUGCUCGACCUAAUCUGUAAUCAGUUCAACCUCCUUAUAAUCCGCAACAAUGUAAUACUGGCGCACAACGAACAGUACUGUGACGAUCUGAGUGCAACGAUUCGCAUACGCAACGGUGACGAGCUGGCCGUGAUUCCUCCGAUUUCGGGCGGAUAA